AAGUCAAAGAAAACACUUUUGCUUUGCUACAAUUCACACCUUUUGCUUUCCCCCAACUUCACAUUAGUAGCUAAACAAACGAGGCUACUCUCACCCUUUCAGUGUCCGCCGGAGAUGGGAGAAGGAAAGGGCUCCACCCUCGUCCACCUUCUGGUGGUAGUCCUCAGCUUGGUCGCAUUCGGCUUCGCCAUUGCUGCUGAGAGAAGAAGAAGCGUUGGCACAGUCGUUAAAGAUAACAUAUCAAAUUCUACGUAUUGUGUCUACAACUCGGAUGUCGCCACUGGCUAUGGAGUAGGUGCUUUCUUGUUUCUUCUUUCAGGUGAAUCCCUGUUGAUGGGAGUUACGAAGUGCAUGUGCUUUGGGAGACCAUUAGCGCCGGGUAGUGACCGAGCUUGGUCUAUCAUCUAUUUUGUUUCAUCGUGGUUGACUUUCUUGGUUGCAGAAGCAUGUCUAAUAGCGGGUGCAACAAGGAACGCUUAUCACACCAAGUAUCGUGGGAUGAUUUAUGCCCAGAAUUUCUCCUGCGAAACAUUGAGGAAAGGCGUCUUUAUUGCUGCAGCGGUGUUUGUGGUCGCGACAAUGGUUCUCAACGUGUACUACUACUACAUGAAUUUCACCAAGGCAACCACCACAACGCCAGCUCACAAGGCAAAUCGCACGAAUCCAACUGUUGGGAUGACUGGUUACGCAUAAGAUUAAAACUACUCAAUUAAAGGGUCUAGGAAGAUGAGUUUCGCUUAUUGUUUAUAGUGAGUUCCGAUUGACAUUAAUCAUUAUAAUAAACAACUGUACUUAUUAUGUU